UUUAGUUCAUUACAUGGGAAUCUUUCAAAUAUACGAGAAGAACUUCGAAAACUUGGCCAUGGUUCAAUAACAUUCGAUCCAAAAUAUUCACGGGGAAUAGGAUUAUUAACACUGCAAAAUCCAGAAAGACAUAAUGCACUAAGUGGCAAAAUGAUGGCGGAAUUAUCAGACAUAGUGGAUAAAUUAGAAAAUAUUGUUAAAUCUAAUACCACCGAUAAUUUAAAUCAUGAGAAUAGGUUAAAUAAUGUUAAUGAAUUAGAUAAAUCGAUUGGAAUCAUUGUUACUGGAAGUAAAAAUACUUUUUGUUCAGGUGUAGCAAAGGACCAUAUCUUAACUCCAGAAAAUGGAAAAAAGAUGAGUUUAUUAAUGCAAGAUACACUAUUUAGAUUUGGUCAAUUACCCUUAAUUUCAGUAGCUGCAAUUGAAGGUUAUGCAUUAGGCGGUGGUGCUGAAUUGGUGACUGCCUGUGAUCACAGAUGCAUUUCAGAAACCUCAAAAAUUAGAUUUGUCCAAGUCAAAAUGAGUGUGAUUCCCGGAUGGGGUGGUGGAAAACGAUUAAUUGAUAUUGUAGGAUCAGUUAACGCGUUAAAAAUAAUGGGAACUAGUGAACCAAUAACCGCUCAGAAUGGAUUGGAUUUAGGUUUUGUCGACGUUAUUGCUCCACAUGGUGAAUGUGUUAAUAGAGCACGCGAAUUUUUAAAUCGUUAUGUUUAUUUUUCAGAAAAAGAUGAAAGAAAAGGUGAAAAUGGAUGUGAUAGUACAAAUUAUGAUAGAAUAAAUUCUGUUAAAGCGGUGAGAGGAUUAAAAUCAUUAAUUUCACGGACGAAGAAUAACGAAGAGUAUAAAAAUUUCUUACUUUAUGAACAUGAACUAUUCUGCUCGCUUUGGGGACAAAAAGAAAAUGUUGACGCGGUUCUUAAAACAAGAAAUAGUAAAUAA